AUGCUCGCGGUUUGGAUCGGAGGAUGUGUUUAUAGACGGCGGCGUGGAGAUCGUGGGGUCCUCACGGAUUGCGCGGUGCUUGGGGUUUUGUAUGCCUGGUUGGCGAGAGAGAAAUUGGUUGCGACUGUGUUGAAGAGUUGGAAUGAUUGGAGGGGCUGGGCUGAAGGGUUGCCUGGUACAUAUGCCGUUUUCAGCGUCGCAAUACCGCUAGCUAUCCUCGCGAUUUCUCUAUGGCGCAGUCUUCGCAGCAACGAGGAUCCAAUUGCGAACACGCCUGAUAUCAGUCGAUGGAGAUCUGAUGUGGAAACGCCAAAGCCAAAGAUCUUCCCGUGCCAAACGUCGCAUGCUCGAAUCUUUCCGAAGCGUCAUGCUUUCGCAUACUCAUACCUUCAGUGCGGAUUUCCCAUCGUUCCAAGCGGAGCUAAAUACCAGGGGAUAGAGUUCGCAAGCGGAGAUGACCAGACUUUGGGUAAAUGGUGGUUGCGGAUAAGAGCGGAGGAUUAUCUGGAACGAGGUGGCGGCGCGUCCGGAUUCUACUGGAAACUGAGGUCGUACUUGCGGGCUCAGCAUGUUGAAGAUGCGGAAUGGGAGUAUGCCUACCUGGUGACGGCACCGCGCUUCUUGGGCUACGCAUUCAAUCCGGUUUCGUUCUGGUAUAUCUACGAUCGCGAACAUCAGCUUGUGAAGAUGAUACUCGAAGUCAACAACACAUUCGGAGAAAGACGCAUGUAUCUGCUUGACGGCUCGAGUCCUGCCAGUCCGCCGCGCACAUCUGAUUCUGAACAAACGUCUGGAUCCGAAGAACACGGACCGCAGAUACCUAUUCGGGCGAAGUCGAAAUUUACCGAUGUAUGGAUGAAAGAUUUCCAUGUUUCGCCGUUCAACUCUCGAAAAGGUUCGUAUACGCUGAAGGCCCAAAACCCAUUCCCUUCUGUGCAUUACGAGAACCCUCUGAUCGACAAUACGAUUACCCUCAAAUCUUCGAAGGACCAUGGGAAGCUUGUAGCUCGUCUCUUCUCUACUGAGAAGGCCAUUGACCCGGAUCAAUUGGGUUUUCUCGGAACUCUGCGGUUCAUCCUGAGCUGGUGGUGGGUAGGCUUCGUAACGUUCCCGCGCAUCGUCAGAGAAGCUGGCAAGAUCUUUUUCAAGAGGAAGUUGCACGUGUGGUUCCGGCCGGAGGUGCUAACGUCGAGCGUUGGUCGGUCUCCCACUUCCGCUGAGAUAACACUCUACAAAGUAUUCAGAAACUACCUACACGUACUCGUAAACCAAACCGAAGUAGACUUUUGCAUCACGUUCAAGGCGUCGGUUCCCAACAUCCCCACCGAUAAGAUCGCUACGACACACGUCCCUGGUCGAAACCGGCCAUACAAGAACAUGGAGAUCCGUGUGCUUACGCCAGCUUUCUACUCGCGACUCAUCCACUACACGUACAUAUCCGAGGCUAUCGAUCGCGAAUGCAUCUUCACCGACGAACGGAACAGGACAUUAUGGCUGUGCCGUCCCCAGCUCCUACCUCUGCUACUCUCAGAACGCUCGUCGAUACGCCUCAAAGACGAGAACACGCCACCAGUCCGAAGAAGCUAUCUCGAUGAGCUGAGAUGGUGGUUGCUCAAGAAGUUAAGAUGA